AUGAUCUCAUUUGAUGAUCUCUUAGAACAUAAAAUUAAGACGGGCAUCCAUUAAUUUAAAACACUUGGUAUCAUAGGUUUAGUAGAAUUUUGUGAUGGAAUAGAAUAUGCAUAUAUGUCAAUCUUGAUAGCAAUAGUCUAAAAAGAAUGGGAUUUAAAUAAAUAAUAAACAGCUUCUUUGGGAUCAAUAUUUCUAUUAGGAAUUGUUAUGGGAAAUUGUUUAUGUGCAUUUAUUGCAGAUCUAAUUGGGAGAAAAACUACAUUUACUAUUUUUACAGGAUUAUCUGUUUUUUUAAUAUAUUACACAAGCAUAUGCAACUCUUUUAAUUAAAUGAUGUUUUUAAGAUUAUUUUUUGGUAUAGUUUUUGGAACUAGUUAUCCUUUAGGUUAUGUUUUUAUUACCGAAGUAUCUGAGCCAAAAUAUAGAGGAAGAUUUGCUUAUACAAUGGGUUUAUUAUUUGUAGUAGGGAAGAUUUAUUUGGCUAUUUUAUGUUUUUUUUAUCUUGAUGAUUAUACAUCUGGAAAUUGGAGAGGUUUAAUAAGAAUUAAUGGAAUCCCAGUUGCUUUAGCAUUCAUAUUUUCUUUAUUUUUUCUAAAAGAAACUGUUAGAUAUUAUCUUAAUAGAGGAAAAUAUUAAAUUGCUUAUGAGGAAAUUGAAUAAAUAAUUUCAGAAAACACUGGGAUAUAAGAGCAUUUAACUGAUGAUGAGGUAAAAAAACAUUUAAUUUUAGAAAAACGGGUUAGUAAUUUGGUAAGAUAAAUAAAAUGAAAUUAAUUAGAUUUAACAAAUAAAUAAAUACGGAAUAUUAUCAAAAGAAUAUAGAUUUAUAACCAUUAGAAUAUGGUUGCUUUACAUUUUAACAAAUAUGCAAAAUAUGAGUAUAUAUCUUUUGAUGCCUUUUCUAUUUACUGAUAAUAAUUCAGGAUUAAGUUCAAUGUUAUAUAUGUUCAUUGUUGAACUAGUUUUUGCGAUAUCCUUAUAUAUUUUUAUAGAUGAUCCUAAUAUUGGAGGAAGAAAAAUGGUUAUAGGAUAUUCAGCAAUCCUAUUAAUUUUUGCUAAUGGUCUUCUCUAUCUUUUGAGAUAGAAAUUUUUAUUUAUUGGAUUACUCUUGAUUAAACUUGCUACAAGAGCGUUGUUUUCUACCCUUGGAUUAGUAUGUUGUGAGAGUUAUCCUUUAUCUUUGAGAUCAUAAGGAACAGCUAUGGCCUAUGGGAUAGGUAAAUCAUCUGCAAUUCCAUCUCCAUUUUUCUUAUUUCCAUUAUUUUAUAUAGAUCCAUAUCUACCAUUUGCUGUUAUGUGUCUAUUCUCCGUAAUCAUGUUGAUUAUAGAUUGCUUUAUUGAGAAUGAUAAAACUAUGAAACCUUUAGAAUCUUUGAAAUAAGAUUGA